GAAGCCGCGGGCGCGGAACGCGGAGCGCACGGAGCCCGCACGGCCGCGGGAGCGCUGCCCGCGGGGAUCCCCUGCCCGCCGGGAGCCGGCCCCGCGGGACGGGCUCGGUGGCGCAGCAUGGGGAGCGUCCAGCUGCAGGACUUCGUGGCGGGCUUGGUGGGCGGUGUUCCAUUCUCCUGGAGAAGAGGGAAACCAAACUGUGCUCUGUGCUGCCACGAGAGCUCCUGGCAGUGAGUGGUGUGAGUAGGUGGGUAAAAGGAAUUGCCAGUGUGGUUGUGGGCCAUCCGCUGGACACAGUCAAGACUCGUUUGCAAGCUGGAAAAGGAUAUGGAAAUACACUCAAGUGUGUUCUCACUGUGUACAGAAAUGAGUCUCUGGCCGGCUUCUUCAAGGGCAUGUCCUUCCCACUGGCCAGCAUCGGCAUCUACAGCUCCGUGGUGUUUGGAGUCUUCAGCAACACGCAGCGGCUCCUCAGCCAGCGCCGGCACGGGGACCCGGCCGCCGCGCCCUCGCUCACCGACAUGACUCUGGCCAGCGUCGUGGCUGGGGUCAUCUCUGUGGGCAUUGGCACUCCCGUGGAACUGGUCAAGAUAAGGCUACAGAUGCAAACACAGCCCUACACCAAAGCAAACGUUAAACUAAAUUCCACAGUUCCUGGAUCUCCUGUGUACCGAGGCCCAAUUCACUGCUUAAGGACAAUCCUACAGAAAGAGGGGAUACCUGGAGUAUACAGAGGCAACAUAGCAAUGCUCCUGAGGGAUGUUCCCGGGUACUGCGCCUAUUUCAUCCCAUACGCAAUGUUCUGUGACUGGAUAACGCCCCAUGGAAGCAUUUCUCCUAAUCCCUUCUCUAUCUGGGUGGCAGGGGGUGUAGCAGGAGCCGUUUCCUGGGCAGUAUCUACUCCAAUGGAUGUUGUGAAAAGUCGGAUUCAGGCAGAUGGAGUUUAUUUAAACCAGUACAAAGGGACCCUUGACUGCAUGUUGCAGAGCUACCAGAAUGAGGGCUUAAAAGUCUUUUGUAGGGGCCUCCUGGUCAAUACAAUGAGAGGAUUCCCAUCGAGCGCAGCCAUGUUUCUUGGCUAUGAACUUUCUCUCAAAGCAAUGAAAAGAUGUCAAACUCAGACCAAUCCCUAACUUCCAGAAGUGUUGCCAAGAAGACCAGAAAGUCUCCUACCUCCUGAGCCAGAUCAGCAGUGUGAUGAUGUUGGUGAGGGCUCAGCUGCUCUGACUGAAGACUCCCAUCCUGCACCUACAGCAGCUGCUGUGGACACGUGGUCCAUGGAGGACUCCGAAAAUCACACCAGCUCAAUCAAACCCAAAGACUAUUUUAUUAGCAAAUCUUUCACUGUUGACUAAGAGCACCUUAGUAAUUCUCGUGGUGGUGGGCUUCUCCACCAAUGACAUUUUUUGUAUUGAACCAGGAAGAGAACUUCCCUUUCCCAAGGGAUAUACCCAAGCCCAGCCCACCUAAAAUCACCAAGGGAGCGUCUUUUGUACGGCAUUAUAAUACUCAAGGAAAGGAGGAAAUGCAGUGGGUACCCAGGUGCUUUUUCUGGAUUCUCACCAAAUCCUAGCUUGCUUUCAGCUUCAAAGAAGUGGUUGACUCCUCUCAUACAAACACUUGUGUUCUACAACACAGUUUGGCACAAUUUAACACAUUACCAUGAAAAAUGUAAAGGCUUCAACAACCUCAGUCAACUGAAGAUAAUUUCAAUUAUCUAAGGUAUAAAUUAAAUUGGGAAACAGGAGGAUGUUAAAUUCAGAGACUAGGCUGCUUUUUUUUUUUAUACAGAAAACAAUAAAACAAGUUUGUAUUUCA